AUGCCGCCUAGAGGGAGAAGAGCUCGAGCGUCAGAGCGUCGUGCUGCCGCAACGUUAGCGAGACCAGAAACUGAUGCAAAAGCCAACGGCAUAUUCCAUUUUGUCAGUGUCAAUCCGUCUUCCGAGCUUCAAAAAUCAGAAAACAGAUCCGUUAUUCGCUCGCAUGCCAGCAAAUAUAUCUGGCGCCAGCAUCGAGCUGUCCGAGCAGAUCGUGGUACUUCAAACUCCAAAUCGUCUCGCCCGCCGACAGAAUGCUUCCCAUCUCCUGAUGAUCCAAAUAUUGCCACAGAGAAAAGGCCAUGGCCGUUAGCAUCCGAUAUUGUGAAAGGGGAGGAGUCUCUAUUCCUCCUCCCGCUACCCCAGAAACAUAUCUCAUCUACCACUGAGGACGACUACAUGGUGGAAGCUGGGGUGAGCUCGCGUCCGGGGGACGGCAGCCAACAAGUCACUCAGUAUGCCUCGAACGUUCAAUCAGCGGGAUGGAAUAUGGGAGGACCACCAUAUAUAUAUAAAAAUGGAUAUAAUACGGCAACCGGCCCCUUAAACCAGCUCGCGGCAUAUGUUGGCGAGCCACCCCAUGUUUUCCCCUCCAUGCUCAAGAGUUCUUCAAUUAACAAGUUACUGAGAUAUGCCACCUUUGAGCUCUGGCCCGGUCUCGUUCCUGGUGCUUCGAACCAAGUAUGGAGACAAGAAGAUGUAAUGAAGAGCUGGCUUCCGCCCGCAUUGGCUAAUCCAGCGCUGUUCACCGCCUUCCUGUAUGGCGCUGCAGGCCAUUUACAGACGCGGAAACGAUUGGAAAGCUCCCAGGUUGCCCCACAAACGCGGGAAGAGAAGCUGGAACAGAUCAUAAGCGAGACGGAGACGAUCAAACAGCUAAAUAAAAUGAUGUUUGAUCCUCAGCAGCUCUGCACUGACGAAAUUAUCUUGGCAGUAUUAUGCAUGGCCUUUAAUAAGAUCAAUUACUCCGUAUGGACGACAAAUACUGAUACCUCUCCAAGGGUGCCCCUUUGUAACCUUCAAUGGCUACAUGUCUAUGGCGGCUUGUCGCUAAAUGAUCAGCACGUCAAGGGCCUCUUUUCACUUCUUCAAGUAAAGGGUGGGCUGCAUAAAAUUACCUUGCCUGGUCUGGCAGAAACUAUCUCAACAUCGCACAUAAUGCUCACAACUAAAUAUCUCGCGAGACCCCGCCUCCCUUUUGUUCCCAUCUUUAAAGACACCUUAGUGGGAAAAACACCUAAUUGGCCCGAUCUAUCCUUAAACGCUUGCGUUGUGCCCUUUAAUGCGGUAAAUCUCUUCGUCAACCUCCAACCAAUACCCGCCCGCGACCCCAACACAGACCCCAACCCCAGUGACAUAUUCGCAACCGCCAACCUCCCCAAACACCUCACCAGAGUCCUACGUCACAUGCAGAACUACACCGCUGUCAUAAAGCUAUACACCCAGGGCCUCCUCCCUGGUCUUGAACUUGCCGCAAUCGCCGACAGGCGCAACUGGAUACAAUAUCAGCUGCUAAGUUUAAAUUCCAUCAACGAAUUCACCAAAUACCCUUACAGCCCCGACCCAAUGAACGCCUCACACGAUUGCAGCUACGACAACAGCAUACAACAAUCAGAAAACUACAAAAUCUACGAACCCACCCGCAUAGCAGCGAUGAUAUUCAGUUUGAUAGCAGUCUACCCCUUACCAGCAGCCAACAGACCCUUCCGGCGUCUCUGCCGGUUAAUGAAAGGAGCACUGCUAGCCGCCGAGAUUAAAAGGGUUAACCUCAACAACCCCAAUCUUCAUGAGAGUUGUUGGAGCGGGGCGGAGGAGGUGCUGCUCUGGGUGGUGCUGCUGGGGGCCAUUGCGGCAAGGAACACGUCGUCUGAGGAGUGGUUUGUGGAACAAGCGGGGAAUGUAGUGCAGGUGUUUGGGAUUCAGAGUUGGAAUCAGCUUAAGGAGGUUGUGGAGAGGAUUAUGUGGAUGGCUUCUGUGUGCGAUGUGAACGGACUGAUUGUGUGGAAUGAGAUUAGUCGUGAGAUCUGGAUUGCGAGGGGAGGUGAGAGUGGUGUCAAGGAUUGGAGGUGGUAG